ACAACCAAAGAAUCCUUGCAAAAGCCAUGAUGGGCGAGGAAAAGGAGCAUUCUGCCAUGGUAGCGGCGCAAAUGCAGGCGGUCAUGGCGCGCCGGGACAUGUCCGAGUUUGUCGGCUUUAUUAAAGAGAGCUUUAGAGGCAACUCGGUGGCGGGCGUUGCAUUUCUCCGAGAGGCGGUGCGGCGGAUGGAUUUGCAUAACAACGACAGCACUUCCAGCGUUGGGAAACGACAGGACACUAUGACCUUGGAGGAAAAUGAAAACAAUUUGGGACGCGGAGGGAAGGCGUGGCCGGGGAUGGGGGAAGAGGAGGAGCAGGGCCAGACGGAAGGGGAGGCGGAGGAGGAGGAGAGAGCGGCGGCCAGGGAGAUCGAGCUCACUUCCGGGAAAUCACCUGUAGGAUCAAAUACAAUGCUCGAGAGGCCUAGGCAUGGGGAGAUGGAAGAAAUGGACCACAGCAGCACCAACCCUCCGACGCGCGCCGGGGACGAGGAAGAGGAAGAUAAGAUGGGCAAGGCAGGCGAACAAGGGGCGUGGGAGCGCAUGAACAACGCGAAGGUGACCGCCACGUUGGCAGCAGCAGCGGCUGGCGUUAUCCAGGAGGCAGCAAUGGCCAUCGCAGAGGCAGGCGUGUAUGAGAAUGAGAAGGAAAAAAAACAUGUCCUGUCACCGCGCCACGCACAAGACUCUUUGAAGGCAAGCACGCCCCCCCCCGGGGACGGCGAGAGUCCAGAAGGCUCUGUGAGCUCACCCUGUCCCAGCCGAAGCCCCAGGCAUCCUGGAAACAGGAGCCACGCCACGGGCACAGGCAAAGGCGACCCUCGGGGGAGUGGGGAGGGGAAGAUGAAGACGCCCCGGGCCCAGAAAUCCGUCGCCCAGACGAUGGAGGAGGACGUGGACUCGUCCUUCUUCCUCCAGGACGCCACAGACCGACAGCUCAUGACCCUGGUCAUGCUGGUCCCGGAUACCCCCCCCGUGCUGGCGGACUUGAUCGGCAAGGGGGGCAGCACGGUGGGGGAGAUUCAACGCCUGACAGGGACCCAGGUCUCGAUCGAACGGCUCGUGCACCGAGGCCGAGAGAGGAAGGUGGCUCUCAUGGGGAGCAUUCUGGCGGUGGCGACGGCCCAGCAGAUCAUCACCGCCCGCAUUCGCCACCUGGAGGAACAUUGCGGCGUGGGCCGAGAGUACGUGCCCCCCCCGAGCACACCCAAGGGCUACGGGGAGGGCGCGGGGACCCUGUCCUCCUCCCCUUCCUCCUCCACCUCCUCCUCUGCGUCCUCCAGCGCCUCCUCUUCCUCUUCCUCCUCGCCUUCCUUCGAGUCCCUGGGGAUGCCGGCCUCCCAGUCCCUUCCCCCCUUCCCUCCGGGUCACCACCACCACCACCCUGUCUGGAAGGACGCCCAAGGUUGUCUGAAAUUGAAGUUGUG